CAGAUUUACAUCAGCAACAGCAAGAACCGACUUGGAGAUGUUUCCCAAUGCGAGAGACCCUUUAUCCCAUCUUGGCUAUAGCAGCAGCGGAGAUGGAUCACAAAUACGUCAACAUGAGGAAACCUUGUACACCGAACCGCUCCUCCAAUCGCGGGAAAGCUACCAAACAGCUUUCAGCAAGUUGUACUCACAGGAAGCAACCUAUCAGAGGGAGUCAUCCCAUCUAUAUGAACAAAGUCCAUCAAGGCCGAUGUCCAGCAGCAGUACCAGCAGCUUAGCCGUAUGCAAAGUUCCAGCAGCCCUGGCCAACUUAUCUCUGGACAUGGGUCUGGAAAGAAGCCAACCGUGGGGAGAGCCGAAGAGCCAGAUGUCGAGGUCCCAAGGCCAGAGUGCUUAUGACACACAUGCUGAAGUCAGUCCAUCACAAUCAGAAUGGCCAAAUAUUGAAAAAGACUCUCCUGAUUAUUACAGUGUUGACAGCAUUCAUAUGGAUGGCACAGAGUACAAUGACAGGAUCGUCAUGCAGUCAGACGGACAGACCGCCCCUCCUCUGGUUGAGGAAAGCAGCACAAAUGAAGGAUGCUUUGAAGAUCAAAGUAACAUCUUCUAUAGCAUCAUGGAGAACAAUGAGAGCAUACUCACCUAUGAAACCAGUCGACAUAUGAAAGCUCAUAACAACGGGCUGCACUCAGUUGAUGGUGAAGCUCUGGCAGCCAGCAGUGACACCUGGAAUACUGCAGACAAGUACAUCUCCUCUACACCACGGGUUACUACCUGUGACGUGAUGGUUGGCACUGAGAUGCCACUGUGCACGUCAGCCGACACCCAAACUACGGCUCCAGAAGCAGCUGACAAACAUAUCAAUACUGAAGUCCAUAUGGUAGAUCUGGACUCAUUAGUAAAGGCAUUUACCAAACUCGAGGGAAAAUAUAAAAG